AUGGCCCCCUUUAUGCCAAAUACCGAGUUGCCAUAUACAGUCGGUGCGAUAGUGGGCGGACGCACUGGACGAUCAUGGGUCACCAACUCUGGUAUCAUCAAGCUCAACUUAAUGCUUGCUAUUUUCCAGAUCUCAAGUUAUGCCACUGGAUAUGAUGGAUCCAUGAUGAAUGGCCUCCAGUCCCUUACUACCUGGCAGAAAUCUUUCAACAACCCCGGAGCUUCUGAGCUUGGCCUCUUAAACGCCAUCCAGAAUGUCGGCCAACUAAUCACCAUGCCAAUCUGCGCCUUUAGCUGCGAUAAGUUCGGACGCCGUCCGGUGCUUUUUGUUGGCGCCUUUAUUCUCAUAAUAGGUGUCACCUUACAAGCCGCGGCACAAAAUGUCGGCAUGUUCAUCGCAGCUCGUGGCAUCAUCGGUAUGGGCCUUGUCCUAAAUAUCACUGCGGCACCACUGCUUCUCUUGGAGUUGGCGUUUCCUCGACAGCAAGGCCCACAGGUAGCCAUAUACAACAGCUUGUGGAACUUAGGUGCUCUUGUCGCCGCAUGGGUUACUUACGGCACGUUCCGCAUCGAAAACACCUGGGCGUGGCGCAUCCCGUCCCUCCUCCAAGGCCUGUCCAGCGUGAUCCAACUCGGACUUUGCUUUCUCAUUGAGGAGUCGCCACGCUGGCUCAUCAGCAAGGAACGCGACGAGGAAGCGAGGAAGUUGAUUUGCAAAUAUCACGCCAACGGCGAUGAUUCUGAUCCCCUCGUCACCCUGGAGAUGGCGGAAAUUCGCACUGCGCUUCAACUCGAGACUGAAGCCAGACGCAAUACCUCGUAUUUGACCUUCUUCCAGAGUAAAGGCAAUAUCAGGCGCUUUUUCAUCAUUCUGUCGGUGGGAUUCUUCUCACAGUGGAGCGGGAACGGCCUCAUUUCGUACUAUCUGACACUGGUUCUUAACUCAAUUGGCUAUACAGCGGAGAGCACUCAGACUCUCAUCAAUGCUCUGCUCACACUAUGGUCUAUGAUCUGGAGUCUUGUUUUCGCCGCCUUGAUGAACAAAUUCGGUCGGCGAACCCUCUUCCUCAUCUCCACAGGAGGUUUACUGGCAGUCUAUAUUGUGUGGACGGCGCUCGAAGCCACUUACGAGAAGACGACGGCGCUUGAUGGAAUUGGAGGUGACGGCUACGCAAAAGGUGUUCUAGCAAUGGUAUUCCUGUACAACUUCUUUUUCUCCAUUGGCUGGACACCUCUACAGGUAACAUACUGCAUCGAGAUCCUACCCUUCGAUCUACGUGCCCGAGGUCUCGUUCUUUAUAACCUUUUUGUCGCACUUGCGGGAAUCUUUAACCAGUAUGUGAACCCCAUCGGUGUCACGAAUAGCAAGUGGAAGUUCUACAUUACGUAUGAUGUUUGGCUGGCUUUUGAGCUUGUGGUGGUUUACUUCCUUUUUGUGGAGACCGGCAAUCUCAGUCUGGAGGAGACGGCCGUGAUCUUGGAUGGAGAGGAAUAUGGAAACAAAUUUGUUGGAGUUUCGGCAUCGAUAGCGGAGAAAAGGCUUGGCGAGAAUACGAAGGCUCAGGCAAUGGUCGAUAGCAAAGUGGUCACCGAAGAUCUGUGA